AAAUUAGGGCCUCGCUCUCUUGGCUUCUUCUCGGAGCUCGCAACCCUAGAGCGCGCAAUCCCUGCCUGGGCGUCGCACUUUCUCCCGUAAAAUGCAUUGCCGCCAUGUCUAAUAAUCAGUACCGACGCAUUUCGGCGAGGAAGAGAGAGAAGGGAGUACCUGCUACUAAAAGUUUGGAAUUUGGCAGCUUGACUGAAGCUUCAAAAAUCUCUUACAGGUUUAACAAAUUUUAGUUUUAUUUGUUAAUGCCUACCAGUUUUCUUCUAAUUCGACAAAAUUUUGAUUCUGAUACAAAUCUGAAAACAUUCUAGCGGAGAAGCUUCUUUGUGUUUCUUGUGAUUUCCAUCUUACGUUAAUCAUUAUGCAUAUUUCAUGAAUAGGGCAGCACAGAGGGCGGAUUUUCUUGGAUUUCCUGCUUUGGUCGAAUUCAACACAUUGAUUGGAUGGAGAUUCUCUUUGUUGCUUUUGAGAGAAAACCCUCAGUCAUUAGCCUUAGAGCCUCCAUGUCGUUCCUUUUCUUUGCCAAAUCUCAAUAAUCCUCAUAUAAGCCCUACAUGAACCCCAAUUAUCUAAUCCUCCAUGAAAAAUCUCUGCUUUCGUAGAUUCUCCACUCAGGUAGACCUCAUUAAAAAACAAAUUGAUUUCAAUGUAAGAUUCCCCUCUCCUGCAGUUCCCAUCCCUCAUCGCUCAAUCCCUGACCUGCGGGGACAUGAUCUUGACUUUGUUAGCAUUGUACAUAGUCAUUUGAUUCAUGGUGACUGGUUCAAGCUCAGUACCUUUGCCCAUGGUCUUAAUACCUUCAGAAUCAAGCACAUCCUUCUCAAAAUCCAGAAAGACCCUGUCCUCUCCCUUGAAUUUUAUGAUUGGGCCCUUAUCCACAAUCCUAAUUCACAAACACUUGAGAGCCACUCUAUUAUCCUCCACAUACUCACCAAAGCUCGUAGAUUUAGGGUUGCUGAGUCCAUUCUUAGGAAAGUUCUUUUGUCAAAAAUCUCAACUUCAGACAUUUUUUAUGCCCUUAUCAAUUCCUACCGCCUUUGUCAGUCCUCGCCCAAUGUAUUUGACUCUCUUUUUAAAACAUUUGCACACUUGAAGAAGUUUAGGAGUGCCACUGAGACAUUUCACCAUAUGAGAGAUUAUGGUUUCCUCCCGACCAUCCGAUCAUGCAAUGCAUUCAUGAGCUCCUUGCUUGAUCUUGGCCGGUACGACGUUAUUCAGUCCUUCUAUAGGGAGAUGAAUCGGUGUCGGAUUUCUCCAAAUUUGUAUACUUUGAACAUGGUCAUGCUAGCAUUUUGCAGUUCUGGAAGAUUAGAGAAGGCUGUGGAUGUUUUUGGAAAAAUGGAGUUAUUGGGUUUUAGCCCCUCUGUUCCUUCGUUCAACACAUUGAUUGCUGCAUAUUGUAAGAAAGGGCUUAUGAGCUUCGCGGUGAAGCUGAAAAAUGAUAUGCAAACCAUGGGUUUGGAUCCAAAUGUAGUAACUUAUAAUACAAUCAUUUAUGGGUUCUGCAAGGAAGGAAAUUUGCAUGAAGCUAACAAGAUUCUAAGUGAGAUGAAAGCCAAGGAUGCCAGUCCAAACACUGUGACCUACAAUACUCUUAUCAAUGGUUACAUUAAAAUGCGUAAUGGAGAAAUGGGUUUAAGGAUUUAUGAUGAGAUGCUAAUGAACGGUGUCAAGCCCGACAUUCUUACAUAUAAUGCACUGAUCUUAGGUUUCUGCAAUGAAGGAAAGACAAAGAAAGCUACGCACUUAGUGAAAGAGAUGGAUAGAGAAAAUGUAGUACCAAAUGCUUCAACUUUUGCUGCUCUUGUUAGUGGACAGUGCAAGAAGCAAAAUUCUGAGAGGGCAUUUGAGAUCUACAAUGCCAUGAAGAAAAAUGGAUUUCAUCCCUAUUAUGAAACAUUUAAGAUUUUGAUUACCACCUUUUGUAAAAACAAAGAUUUUGAAGGAGCGCUCAAUGUGUUGAAGGAAAUGAUGGAAGCUUGGAUCACCCCAGACCAAGAUUUGUUAAAUGAGCUUCUAAAAGGACUGCAGAGCUCAGGAAAGACUCAUUUAGCGAGAAGGUUUCUUUCUGAGCCUGAUGUAUCAAGGUUUAAUCUUGAAGCUUUUUUUGAUGUUAGCAACAGAUCAAAUCAGCUGGAAAAUGCAACCGAAUGAUGUUGGUAGUAUUCAUUUAGCAGCUUGUGGUAUAAGCUAGGGGAAGCACAUAGAAAAUGUUUUUUGGUAUCUAUAUGCACAAAGGAUUUCUCUUUAUUAGCUCAGCUUGGAGAAGUUUAUUUGAUUUGUUCUGGACAAAGCUUACACUUUUUCCCCGUUCCAUGUGAAUGUUGGUAAUUACUUUUUUUUUUUCACUUUACAUUUAUUUUUAACAAUUUGUAUGGCGCUUGUAUUGUCAACAUGUAAAAGAGUGAGAUAUUCUUGAGAAAAACUAAAAUCAUACAGAACCAUGUAGUUGGAUAAGUUUUGAACAGUGUAGUCAUU